AUGGGAGCCAUUGUCGCAGGAGUCGUCUGGUGGAAGCAUCCAGAAUACAGGGUCGAAGGGGAGGGCUAUAUCGAUAUGAAGGCAAUCAUCAUCUGCCUGGCUCUCAACUCUCUACUCCUCAUCUUUGAAAUACUCACCUGUGAUCAACUAGAAAGCUCUCAUGCUUCCAAACCAUGGAGACAUCCUUGGCUAAUUGUAUUCAUGCCUCUCUUCCUCACCUCACCUGUUUCCAUUGCUGCCUGUGUAUGGGGCUUCAAGCAUGACAGAGGGCUUGAGCUGGAAGCAAUGUGUUCUAUCAACAUUCUACAAUUCAUUUUCAUUGCCCUCAAGCUGGAUGAAAUUAUAACAUGGAGAUGGGGAGUUGUAUUCAUACCUCUGUGGAUCCUGACCUGUUUGAUGUGUCUCAUCGUCCUUUACUACGUCAUCUGGUCAUUACUUAUCCUACGUGCUACAGAGCUGAUGGCAGAACAAAGAAGAGCUAACUUCAUGACGGCAGUCACUGCUGUAUCACUAGUAGCACCGCUCUUAACAUUUGAGAUUUUGUUAGUCAAUAGGUUAGAUGGCAUCAAUGAUUACCCAGUGUCUGUGGUGUUUUGUCCUUUGUACAUCUCUUUACUUGUCUUGCUGCCUACUGCCUUUGGUCAAAGAGGUGGAAAUCAAUGUGAGUACACAUAA